UACAACCGGGUCAUAAUAUUUAAAGGACCAAUGGCAGACAAAAGACUUCCUGGUCACGUCAUAAGAACUGAAACUGUGGUCAAUGAAGGUGGCUGUAGAGUGAAAUGUUUUCUUGAACCAAAUUGCGUGUCCAUCAACGUGGGUCCUGCAGUAGGGGGAAAAAGAUCUUGCGAACUUAACAAUGACACUGAUGAAAGCCCUGAACAGUCUGCUCUGAAGGGAGAAAGUGAUUAUAUUCAUUAUGCUGUUGAGGUACUCAGUUUAACAAAUCGACAACAAUUUUUCCACAGUCAAUACCCUUAUCGAUAAUGACUUCAAAAUGUAAUAAAACUCAAGUAUAAAAAUGCACCGCAGGCGAUCGAUUUUACUGCAAAAUUUUGGCCUUGAUCUGGGACAACUUAACCUUUCCCUUAGAAAAGUAGAGAGGCGGGAAGAGGUCUUUUCCUAAGGGAAUGGCUAUGGGUACGAGUUUGGAUGUGGUAUACUUCAUAUGACUGAAUGACUUCACUGUAAGUAUGUACUGUAACGUUAACGUAAGGGGUUUUAAGCAACAACCCGCAGGUUUUAUCAUCAUCAGCAGCAGAGCCGUUCCACGGUAACCUGUCGUUGCGGAGAAGACACUUAGGAGACACAAAAUCGCUCCUCUGUAAACGACUGAAAGAAGAAGCACAACUUUUAUAUUUGUUUUACGUAGAUGUAAACUAAGUUUAUCUAUAACACAAGACAAAUCUGCUCCUGCUCUUUACGGAGAGAUACAGUCAAGGAAUGAUUGCCCGUUGCGGAGAAGACUCGCUAGAAAAGCGAAUUUUUAUUCGCUCAAUUCAAGGUUAGAUUCUUUCGAAUUCGGGCAUCUUUUAAAAUACCUUUUUCCUUACAAAGUAAGAGGUCUUUAGAAUUAAUCGUCAAAUGGAAAAAAAUAUUUAGUCAUUCCUUCUUAAUGUACCCGAAAUCUCGCAAUGAUUUGCUGAGGAGAAGACGUUGCGGAAAAGACAAAAGGCUGCAAAAUCCUGUUUUGUGAAGGGUAAACCGUGGAUCACGGAUAGUACCAAAUGACAGGAGAGGACUGCCGUUAUAAGGCAGGCUUAAAUAAGGGUUUAUUGAUAACCUGUGGCUAUAAAUAAUCUAAUAUUGAUGAUAUAUAAGUAUUGAUAAGUAAUUUAAUCUAGAUCAAUUGAUACAACUUAUAUGCAAUUGAAAGAAUAGACAACAUCGUCUAAUUGAAAGCGCCUCGUGACGUGAAUCAUGAUUUUUCCUUGCACCGCGAGUUAAGUGAGGAAGUGGCUGUAGUGCUCUGCUUGUGUACUCUAGGAUCAUGUACUUUCUGAAGCCAGGGGUGCUUCUCUGGGUCAUUUUCCCUUUGGAUUCAAGACAGCGAGCAUAGGUAGAGAAAAAAGUAACACAAUCCCAGCUAUUGCCUUGUUAAGGAAUGUCCUCUUGACGGUUUACACAGAACUUCCACUUCUCUACGUUUAGGUCGCCAUCUAUCACUUUCCAUACUUGAAACAAACAAUGCGAAAGUUUACUGCUCAUGCUCAAUGCUUUCUGCUAGUCGCGGGAGGCAGGACCCAUAAAUCCGGCCCCCCAAAACAAGUCUAGCCUUCCUAGCCGUCUUCUGCGCAACAAAAAUAAAACAUUAAAUUUUCGUUGAAAUUUUAUGUACUUUGAUGAAUGUUCAAUAUAGAAAGGUUACAAUGACUAUUAAUUAGAACAUUUGGAAAAUUUAAACAUUUUGACCCGUUUUCGUCACUGCAAUCAAAACUCUUCGUAGUGAAAUCGUUGCGGAGAAGACAUUUUGACUUUGGAAAGUCCAAUUCUUUGCACUCGUUUUAAUUUCUCAAGCUAGGUAUGUCUAUCGUAUUAGCCGAUCUUUAUAAUAUUGAAGUCCCAGAGCGGCUUUUUAAAGAAAAUAUUCAGCUUUUCGAAUAAGUCAAAAACCAUUUGUCUUCUCCACAGCGGCUUUUGGCAACACCUUCAGAACAAAUAAUUAUUUUUGAAAAAAUAUGACGUGGAAAUUGUAUGCUUAAAAUGUCAGCUUUAAACAGUUCGCUUUAAUUUUUUAAUUCAGUUAAUCUUAGACAAAUUUGGUACUUUUUAAAAACCGAUGUCUACUUUCACAUUACCGUAGAAUGACCCAGCAACAAAAGCCGCGGUAGCAGCGUCAUCAUCACCAUCAUCGUCAUCAUCAUCGUUAUCGUCCUUGUCGUCAUCAUCAUCAGCAACAGCAUCACGGUCUAUCCUCAUCAUCAUAAUCAUCAUCAUCAUAAUCAUAAUCAUAAUCAUCAUCAUCAUCAUCUUAAAUCCUUUAUACAGUCGCUGGAUUUGCGAGUACGGACGACUUGCAUAAUCCACUUUCAUCGACGUCUUCCUGUUCUUCUUAAAAGUGCUACUCCCGGGUUAUAUUCCCAUAUUUGAUUAUCUCUCACCAACAGGACACUUGACCCUUAAAAUGUUACUCGAAGGCUUAAACUGGAAAUUAAAGCUCUUAGUAUCGUCUUAAGCUUAACUUAAUCUAUACUUCAAAUCGUUCGUCCUACCGCCAUUUUGUCAUAUCCUUGCACCCAAACAGACCAUCAAUCUCCUCUACCUCUUCAUCCUGAACUCUAAUUCCGUCCUCCCACAUGUGGAUGCAUGGAAACGUAUAUAGACCUUCGUUCCCUGCCUUCGUAAUGAGCCUUACGUGAGCAGUUUGCUCUUGGAUGUAUUUUUGUUCACUUACGAGCUAUAUCAGAGCACGGUAACUUCUUCUUUUUAUAGAUCUUCAAGAAUGUCUCUUAACUUACGUCAGAAUUCAUUGCUGUCAUUCUCUUUUGUUUGUCUUAACGCCCAAACAACUGUUAGUAGAAAGAGGAAACUAGACAUUACGCAGGCUUGCUUUUGCACAUUAGGUGUUAUUCUAACCCAGAACCCAGGUCGUAUUCAUGUCAAUUGCAAACUACUGCACAUUUCUCUUCUAUUAGUCCUUUUAAUAUAUAGAUUUAGCCAAAGCUAAAAGAGAAGAAACAGCUUUCGCCAUAAGCAAGAAGCAAACUGAAUUCUUCCUGAAAACCAGGGACCUGAACCAACGAUCAGUUGAAAACCGAAUCACUUCAAUGCGUUGUCCACAUGAGCCCGUGAUACAGUCAUGUGACACUGGUUACCGAAUAACCUAUUUUCACAAAUGUCAAUUGUCCAUCAGGGAGGUCAAAUCAACAUUGUACAUCUAGCCAGCUGUUUUUAAACGUUCCCUCCAAAUGGACCUCUUUCGUCAAAGUAGCCAUUAUAAACUAAGAGAGCAUUCAUUACUUUUUUCCUCCUUCUCUCUUUUUCUUUCUUUUUUUCUUUUUCUCCUUUACUUUUCCUUCGUUAGUGUUAUGUUCGAACGCAUUGGGCGCAAAAAAUCUGCCUUUUGACCCCUUUUUUUUUCCCUCAAAUGACUUCAAACCCGGCUACAUGAUGUAGUGGACUUGCCGACGUACGUAGAGACGGACGAUGUUGUCAUAAACAAAAUUUCCUAGAAUCAAAGCUAAGCAAUUUUUUUUAUCUAUUUAGGCUCCGUUAUCACCUUAUUUGCUAUACUAUCAGCUAACAAGUUGGUCCAUAAGCUGCCUCUUCAGGCAGAGUCAAAUGGCUAAAAUUCAACAAAUGCAAUGUUCGUCAAUGCAAAAAAAAAAACUACUACUCUCUAACCUGUUCUUUCUUUAACGACACUUCUACUGCAUCUUGCUUGUUGACUAUGACUCCAAAAAUAACUUUGCUUUUAACUGUUAGUAGAGUCUCACUUUUCCUCUUGUCUUCACUGGCACCUUAAUUACCCUAUCGGCUAUCCUUUGUCAAUCUCUCUUGAACUGUUCCAGACCUUUGUGUCCUUUGUUAACCUGCGUUUUCUGAUGCGAUCUUCUUUCAGCUCACCAGAUCCUAGUAUCUUUUCGUAUUCAUUUGGGUUUCUUCUGCCUUUCAUAUCUUCAACUUGUUCUGACUUCGACAUCAGGUAUCAACACCUUGGUGUCCUCGUAUUGUCGCAUCUGUAGAUCUAGCGUUACGUGCCUGAAUCUUUUUCCUUCUAUCCAUUAUUCGAUAAGGCUGACUAUGGUUAUAUUAGAACAGGCAUGCAGAUCGAGGUGUGUCACAUCAACCGGAAACACAAAGGCUGAGACAAAUACCUCUACAAGACACUUUCAAAAACGUGUGCUCGAUUCUUUGCUGAAACUGGUAAGCAAACGUUUCGCUGUGAUGAGCAAUGAUGACAACGGUUCCCUUCCACCAAUGUGACCCGUGUUCGAAUCUCAGAAAUAACAUCAAACGUGGGUUGAUUUCGUUGUUGACUCUCUCCCUUGAGGUUUUUUGGGGAAUGUGUAAUUAGCUCUCCAUUGUUAAUUUAUUAAUUUAGUUUUAAGCAUAUGUACGAAUAAUAUUUUUCGCCAAUAGGUAUUCUUCAAGAGCAGGCCGAUAUCCCUCGACUGUUUUUUAUUUGUCUUCUCGCGAUCUUUUUCAGUCAGUUAUUUCGCUAAGCGUUUGAAAUCUUUUUUAUAGAAACCGUCACUUUCUUUGACUCUGCAUUCUCCAACAGAGACGCAGAGACGUUGAUAAUCAUAAUGAUAACGACAACGACAAUUAAAAAGAUGAUAAUAAUCAUAAUAACAAAAUCUUUUUGAAAUUUGUAUACCUUCAGAAUGUUUGUAAAAUGAACGGAGAACCUUGCCCUGGAGAGAACAAUUUGUGCCAGGUGGGAUUCACGGACAAACGCUACAGAUGUGUCUGCCGUGAUGGAUACAAACAUAGAGAACAUUCUACUGAUCAGUGUGAAGGUAAGAUACAGGGACAACUUGUUACCCACGCUAUUGAAACGACAAGCAGUGACUAUGAGUUUAUUGUUUUGUCUAGAGAAAUCAAUCUUGUAACCAGUGUCUUGCAGGGGAUCAAAAACAGUAAAGCUUAGUUUCUAGAUUGGCUAAUGAAGUUCUCAGUGGAGGAUACUCAUCAAAUUUCGCAGCCUUAUUUUUUCCAAAUCCCACUUCCAGUGC